AUGCGCCCGCGCAUCGUGCUUGUGUUUUGUGUUGUAAUCGUUUGUGCGCGAGCGCUUCGCACCGAUCAAGAAUUUUGGUUGGAUCUAGCAAAGAAUGAGCUAAGAGAAGCGCUUGAAGUGAAAUUAAACUACAAUACGGCGAAAAAUGUCAUCCUAUUUGUUGGAGAUGGUAUGGGUCCAAACACCGUCACAGCGACUAGGAUACACAAAGGUGGUGAAUCCCAUAGGCUGGUGUACGAACAGUUCCCACACAUGGGACUUUUGAAGACCUAUGCAUCCAAUAAAAUGGCCCCUGACUCAGCCUGCACUGCUACUGCUCUAUUUUGUGGCAUUAAGAAUAAUAAGGAUACUAUGGCAGUAGACGCAACAGUUCAGCGUAAAGACUGUAUAGCAUCAUUAAAUCCAAAAGCCAGGCCGCUUAGCUUAGCAGCACUAGCUUUGAAGGCUGGAAAAAGUGCGGGUUUCGUUACAACAAUGCGAGUAACCCACGCGACUCCUGGUCCGUUAUAUGCGCACAGUGCUGACCGCUCGUGGGAGUGUGAAGCCAAAAUGCCACCAGGCACUGAGCAGUGCAAAGAUAUUGCUAGACAACUCAUCGAGGACUGGCCUGGAAGUGAUUUAAAUGUUAUUUUGGGAGGUGGUAAACAAGGGCUGGUUACCAAUACCACAGCAACACCUGAUGAUCCAAUAGACAGUUGGGGAUGUGAGCGUAGAGAUGGAAGAAAUCUUUUCAAAACCUACAUGGAGGAUAAAAUAAAGCGGGGCAUGAACCACAGCAUAGUGACCAAUAAUAAGGAGUUGCAGGAUCUGGAUGUAGAAAAUACUGAUUACUUAUUGGGAAUUUUUGCAAACGGCCAUUUGAAGUACGAACACGAAAGAGAUGAGGGUCCGGAUGGAACACCUUCUAUAUCUGAAAUGGUGGAAGCCGCAAUUAAAGUGCUAAGGAAAAAUGAAAAAGGAUAUUUUCUUAUGGUAGAAGGCGGUAAUAUCGAUAUGGCUCACCACAGGAGUUGGGCGAAGCGAGCUAUUUCCGAGUCUGCAGCCAUGGAAGAGGCUGUUCAGCUGGCCGCCAACAUGACCAGCGAGGAAGACACUUUGCUAAUCGUCACCAGUGACCAUACACAUACAAUGUCUCUUAACGGUUACCCGGACAGAGGAAGCAAUAUUUUCGGUUUAGCUGGACCCUCAAAUCACGAUGGUAUUAACUACACAACGAUAUCCUACAGUACGGGAGGCCCCUUGACCUUUCAGUUUACCGCCGAAACAGAUGAGAACGGCACCAGGGUCGUGCGACGCGAUCCCAGCAAGGAUGACACGCAGGAUUAUCAGUAUCACUUUCAAGCUGGCAUUAGACUGAUUGAGAACAGCCACGGAGCAGGAGACGUAGCUAUUUAUGCUAGAGGUCCGUAUGCGCAUUUAUUCCACAACGUACACGAACAACACUACGUGUUCCAUGCGAUCUCCUACGCUGCUAAAAUUGGCGAAUUCACAAAUAAUGCUGCUGAAGAAACAAUCAAGAAAAGUUUUUAUUUAUGUUUCAUUGUAUUAUUGUCUUAUUGGUACACAUUAAGAUUCUAG